AAAUUAAAAUGUCAGAAAAUAAUUUCACUGAAAACAAAUGUAAAGAUAACGGGGUAUUUGAUAGUUUAUGUGUAGCCACGUCGGCUGGCAUCGACGACAAACUGUUUAUGGCCACUGCCAUUGAUAGCAUUGGUCACAGAAGUAUUGAUGCCAACAAAGUUCAGCCAUCGCAAUUGACCAACGAAUCAAAGAAAAACAUCAAACAUAAUAUCAACUGCUUAUCAACCACAAUGACUACCCUAAUUGAUCAUGAGAAAAAAUUAACGGAAAACAAUAACUCUACGUGCAUUGAAGAAAAAGUCGGAAAAGUGGCUAAUAAGCUCGCGGUUCAUAAUGAGUUGAUUGCUGUCCAAGUACAGGAUCAAUCCAAGACAGUCAUACCUAAUAAAAAAAAAUGCAGAGACAAUGAAUUAGAUGCACGUUUAAAAUCUGAUCCGAUAUGUGGACUACAAGAAUUAUGUAGGUACCGAGAUUGGAAACUACCGGAGUAUAAGUAUUUUAAAGAAGGUGAUAGUACAACUUUUACUUAUUCGGUAGAGUGUACCGUACUAUCGUUCACAGUUAGGGUCGAAGGUCUGCUAAAAAAAGAGGCUAAACGAAAAGCUGCUACAUUGAUGUAUCAAAAAAUUAAAAUGUCAGAAAAUAAUUUCACUGAAAACAAAUGUAAAGAUAACGGGGUAUUUGAUAGUUUAUGUGUAGCCACGUCGGCUGGCAUCGACGACAAACUGUUUAUGGCCACUGCCAUUAAUAGCAUUGGUCAAAGAAGUAUUGAUGUCAACAAAGUUCAGCCACCGCAAUUGACCAACGAAUCAAAGAAAAACCUCAAACAUAAUAUCAAUUGCUUAUCAACCACAAUGACUACCCUAAUUGAUCAUAAGAAAAAAUUAACGGGAAACAAUAACUCUACGUGCAUUGAAGAAAACGUCGGAAAAGUGGCUAAUAAACUCGCGGUUCAUAAUGAGUUGAUUGCUGUCCAAGUACAGGAUCAAACCAAGACGGUCAUAACUAAUAAAAAAAAAUUUACAGACAAUGAAUUAGAUGCACAUUUAAAAUCUGAUCCAAUUUGUGCACGGCAAGAAUUUUGCAAUGAUAUCGUACGUCACCCGGCGUCUCUUGAAAAACCCGAUACUGGUCGUCCAAUCGUUUAUUCCGGAUUCCCCUAUGAUAACGAGAACCACGUAUCACCAGUAAACGGAUCGGUUAUUGUUAAUGAAAACCAACAGUCAAUGUUUGCCUCUGUAGAUGUCGAUUUUGCCAAACAUUUUCGACGGUCAAACAAGCCGAGUGUGCUCGAAUUGAAGGAAAUGAAAGUCAUAAGCAUGCUUACGGUCCCUUCAAAUGUUGAUCUAUUGAAACGAAUCGCAGAUGAAGAAGAGCUAAUAUUGCAUUAUGACAUUGACGAAACCUGUUCGCCGAUGAUUAGAAAAGAUUUAAUGUGUGUUCAGCUUACGGUAAAUCAUUCUGCACUGACGGUCGUUGGCUUCGGUGAAACGUUACUCGACUGUCAAGAAGAUGCGGCUUAUGAGUGUUUAACUCAUUUAAAAUCAGUCCUAAAAAAUUAAAUGUACGACCAAAACAAUAGA